GUUCACACGUGUCGAACCCAACGUUAAUUGUCUCUCGCUCGUUCGAGUCGCAGAGGCAGUGGCAGAGCAGAGCAGCCAUGGUGUCCAAAGCAAGCGACGCUACCACGAAGCUCAGAAAAUCAGGUGGAGAACAGUCAAGUGAUGGUCUUGGAGACUUGUCGAAUAAGAUAAAUCAGCUUAAGAAGCAAAUUCAAGCGGAGAGAGUUAUUUCGAUCAAAGAAAAAAUUGAGACGAAUGGAAGGAAGCUAGAAAGUCAUGUUUCUCAGCUCAUAUCGGCGACAGCAAAAAAAGAGGCUUCAUCUGCAGAGAAUGGGGUUGUUAAAAUUCUUUCUUCAAAAAUUGAACGUCCUCUCGUUAAGUUUAAUGGAUUUGCACAAGGUUUGGGAGAUAAGGACUAUUUUAAUGGUAAUGAAGUGGUAUUGUCAACAAAUACCAAGCUUCCACAUGUUGAGAGGUUACCACCUUAUACAACUUGGAUAUUUUUGGACAGAAAUCAGAGAAUGGCUGACGACCAGUCAGUAGUUGGUAAGAGACGUAUCUACUACGACCAACAUGGUGGCGAAGCACUGGUCUGUAGUGACAGUGAAGAUGACGUUACAGAACCUGAGGAAGAGAAGCAUGAAUUUUCUGAGAUUGAAGAUCGCAUUCUAUGGAUGGCUUUUCAGGAGCAUGGGCUCACUGAGGAAGUAGUGAAUUUUGUGAGCCAGUUUAUUGAAGGUACCACUAUGGAAAUCCAGGAGCGGUAUGAGACACUCAAGGAGAAGUAUCAUGAGAAACAUGACCUCAACUCUGAAGACUCUGGGGAGAUUGGAUCUGAUAAGGGCAUAUCUUUGGACAAGAGCCUCGGUGCUGCUUUAGAUUCUUUUGAUAACCUUUUCUGUCGCCGCUGUAUGCUGUUUGACUGCCGUCUGCAUGGCUGUUCUCAAGCUUUAGUCUAUCCUACUGAAAAGCAGUCAUUCUGGUCUGAACAUGAAGAAGACAUGACACCUUGCAGUGCUCAGUGUUACCUUCAGAGGUUCAAAGGUACAACUUCAGAUGACAGGGUUGGGACUCCUGUGUCCUGUAAUGCUGGAGAGCCAGGUGCUCAUGAUAGUAGGAACAUUAUACAGGAUGAAAGUUGCAUUUCUGGAAAAGUUAUACACGCUGCUUCAGAAGCUGUUUGUAGUUCAGAAGUUGCUGCCUUGAUUUCAGAUACAUCUGUCACAGCAAUAGACAACCAAAGUAUGGGGAAGCGCAAGGUCAUGAAGCACACAGAUAUAGUGCUACAUAACUCGACAUUGCUUUCUGAUGAUUUCCAAGGUUCCAGUAAGAAACAGAAGAAACAAUCUGCUUUGGAUGAAGAAAUUAUAAGUAGUGAAGUUACACCAGCUCUGGAUCGCACUUCAAGUGACAAUAGUGAAAGCCAAACAACCCCCAAAUACUCUCCGAAAGAACCUUCUGAACAUACUUCAAGAGAACUUGUCAGUUCUGUUAGUGCUUCCUGUGACAGGUCUGAGGAAAAUAUCAGAGAUGAACCAAAAGACACCAGAGAAGUGCCUGAAUUGAAGCACUCAUCUAAUCCCAUAGUAAGAAGAGCUGAGGAGUUAUGUGGCUCUGAGUGGAAACCUAUUGAGAAAGAACUGUAUUUAAAGGGUAUAGAGAUGUUUGGAAGAAACAGUUGCCUCAUAGCCAGGAACUUACUUUCUGGUUUAAGGACUUGCAUAGAGGUAUCCAGUUACAUGCAUGAGGGGGGGGCUUCCAUGCUGCACAGAUCCAUGGUUGCACCAAGUUCGUUUACGGAAGACAAUGGGAAAGCUGAUACAGAAUUUACUGACCAAGAGAUGCCAGCAAGAUCACGGCUGCUUCGUAGAAGGGGGAAGACACGGAAGUUUAAGUAUUCUUGGAAAUCUGCUGGCCACCCAUCAAUUUGGAAAAGAAUUGCCGAUGGGAAAAACCAGUCUUGUAAGCAAUAUACCCCAUGUGGAUGCCAGUCCAUGUGUGGAAAGCAAUGCCCUUGUCUACAUAAUGGAACUUGCUGUGAAAAAUAUUGUGGGUGCUCAAAGAGCUGCAAAAAUCGGUUCAGGGGAUGCCAUUGUGCAAAAAGUCAAUGCAGAAGUCGGCAAUGCCCGUGCUUUGCUGCAGGACGUGAGUGUGACCCAGAUGUUUGUCGAAAUUGCUGGGUUAGUUGUGGAGAUGGUUCAUUAGGUGAGCCACCCAGUCGAGGAGAUGGCCAAUGUGGAAACAUGAGGCUCUUUCUAAGGCAACAACAGAGAAUUCUCUUGGCAAAGUCUGAUGUUGCUGGAUGGGGGGCCUUUUUGAAGAACCCUGUGAGCAAAAAUGACUAUCUUGGAGAGUAUACUGGUGAAUUGAUCUCCCACAGAGAAGCAGAUAAGCGGGGGAAAAUCUAUGAUCUUGCAAACUCGUCAUUCCUCUUCGACUUGAAUGAUCAGUUUGUCCUUGAUGCUUAUCGCAAAGGAGACAAGCUGAAAUUUGCAAACCACUCUUCAAACCCUAAUUGCUAUGCGAAGGUAAUGCUGGUUGCCGGAGAUCAUCGUGUAGGCAUUUUUGCAAAGGAGCAUAUUGAAGCUAGUGAGGAGCUCUUCUACGAUUAUCGUUACGGGCCAGAUCAAGCACCCGCAUGGGCUCGAAAACCGGAGGGUUCCAAGAGAGAUGACUCAUCACUCUCGCAAGGCAGAGCAAAGAAACACCAAUCUCAUUAGACAUUGGCCUGGUCCAGGAUGUACAUACUAGUGCCCAUUUUUCUGGCUAUCCCCGGAGAGUUUUUUAUUCAUGACCCCUAUUGGAAAAAAGAUGAUAACGAUUGAGCAAUAAGAUUUUAUGGUAAUAAUGUCAAAUCAUUAUGAUUGUUUGGGAAAUAAGCUAGAAAUUAUUCUAGCACUUAAAAAGGUAUAAUAGGAUUCUUCUAGCACUUAAAAGUAUAAUAGGCAAUAAGUAGAGGAGUUCGACAAGCAUGCGUCGUUGUUAAUUUGAUGAUGUAAAUUGUUUUCUUUAUUAAAUGAAGUUGUUUAUGAAUUUAUGCCGUUUA